CAUUUACUUUUUGCUCUUCAUUUAAGGUUAGGCAUAAGGUUAGCAGUGUGGUUAAGGUUAGGAUUCAUUUUUGUUCUAAAAUCAUAUUUUAAGAUGAUACAUUUUUGAAAUGGGAGUGGUUUAUGACUUGUGUCUGUGGUAACUAGUGACGACCGUAAAGAGGGGCGGCAGAUAGCCUAGCGCUUUUAAGAGCGUUGGGCCAGUAACCGAAUGGUAGCUAAUUCGAAUCCCCGAGCCAACUAGUUGAAAAAUCUGUCAAUGUGCUCUUGAGCAAAGCAUUUAACCCUAAUUGCUCCUGUAAAUCGCUCUGGAUGAGAGGUGUUGCUAAAUGACUAAAAUGUCAAGAUAAAAUGUAAGUCAAACUACAAUUUGUAUAGAAUUAUUUGGUGAAGAGGCGUGGUACACACUUGCACUAAAUGCGCAAAGUGUUUGGUAUUUAUGGACCCGAACGGUUGCAAUGUUUGCAUCAUUGGUUUGAAUUUUGUGUCACGGAAUUAAACAUUUUCACAAACGUUACAUCAAAGACAGUACAGUAUGAAGAUACGAAGAAACUGCUUCUCCAAUAGAAAUCCCCGAUCCCUUUUGUAGGGGACGUCAUGGCGACUUUGGCUAGCUAAGCGCAUGCGUAGACUGGCGUCAUCGGGUCUCUCGCACCAAACUUCGCUUGUUGCAGGCCUUCAAUAUAAUACAAUUAUUUUUUUGGAAAAUGAAAACGGGUCAGUUUGUAACUUACACAAGGUUGAAGUAAUAACAUGUUCAACUACUUAUGACAUUGUCUCGAAUCUAGGAUGUGCCUUCAGAUUUUGAGAAAAUGAACAGCUAAGGAAGAAUUUUUCACAUCUCUUAUUGAUUUCUCAACCCCCAAAGCCCAGUCUGGUCUGCUUAAGCGUUCCUGGAAGUCUCUCGAUGUUGCGUCUCUGGGUUUAGAAGCUCUGUGUUUACUUGUUACAAACGAACCCGAGAAAGCUUCGAGGAUCUGUUGUCAUAGCGACGAAUGGACGCUCUGCCUGGCUCAGAUGGAAUCGUGAGUUCGCAUCCUAGCUAAACUCAAUCGAACUUGAGCUAAUAACGUGAUAGCCAAAUAAGUAUUAACUCUAUUAUAUAUCUAAAAUAGAACACAGUGUAUUGUCAUGCAAUGUAUAUUUUCAACUAUGGCUAGGCUUGGCGCUUGAGCUGUUUUGCAAAGUAACGUUACUGAAGUAGAAAAUAACGUUAGCUAACGUUACAGUAGCUGCUUGAUUACAUUGCAUGUUUAGAGGUAAGCUACGCAAAACUCCUGUCUCGACAUUAUGGCUGAGACUCGUGUCAUUCCAAGUGGGAAAGUCUACCGCCAGAUGUUUGACGCCCAGGUUCAGCUGUCAAGGUCUCUACAUGAUACUCGGAGGAAACGUGAGACUAAUGAAGGAUUCUUACCAAGGGACAACCCUCCUCUUAGUAGGGACACAGACACUGGUCUGCAGCAGCGGAUUAGAACUCUUCAGGCUGAAACCCACCAAUGCUCAGAGGAAAUGGCUGUUAGGGACCAACUGUUCUCAGGCAUCAAGCAUUGCCAGACGAGUGAGGAGCAGCUUGUUGAGGAGGAGAUCCGUGGACUACCUGAUCAUGUUGUGGCAGAAAAGCCAGGGUCAGACAUCAUUGACCGCCUGAUGGAGAAAAAGCAGAGGAACCACCUAGAGGCUGUGGGACAGUUGUACAGGGACCUUUCUGUGCUCAGUGUGGAGUAUGAGACAUUAUUCAGGCAAACUGGGCAAGAGGUGCUGCACCAACUCUCAGUGUAUGAUGGCAAUGUGGAGAGACAAAUGCAGAGGAUUGAAAAUAUUUCUGAUUUGGAGAAGUUCACCUUACAGGGACUUCAUGAGUUCUGGGAUACAGUGAAACAAGAGUCAGUGAUUAGGAGGAAGUGGAUAAAGGAUCUGGAUGAUACCCUGGCUAAGUAUGAGUCUGACAGAACAGCCAUGAUUGCAGCAUUGCUGAGAAAAUACACAGGGAAACUGGAAAAAAUCUGCUACGUAAUGCCUUCGGAUAUCCACCGACUGAUCAAUAGAGAAGCCAUGAUGAUAAACCAGGCUAUUCUAGCAAAUAGACGAGCAGUGGCCAAGCUCUACCUGAACCUGAUGGAGAAGGAUCUACAGAAGGAGGUAUUCCAACGACUCAGAUGGGAGGACAAACUGCAAGACUGGAAGAGCUUUAAGGUCCUUGGUGUGGUCAGCAGGUUCAAAGAUUUCAUGGGAAGCCCUCCAAUCCAGUGUCCCAAGGACGUACAAGCUAUUCUGGACACCAUGAGUGCAGCACAGCAAUCUUUUAGAGAAAGACGCAUCAACAUUCUUCAGUCACUCACUUCCAUGAUACCUCCAAGAUGUUCAAAGACUCUAAUCGCUGAGUGGUAUAACUCUUUGUCAUCUGUCAACGAGCAAAUUGAUUGUAUGCACAUUGAAUCAAUGAGGAAGCUACAUUCCUAUUAUGAAAAUACCUGGCAAGAAUGCCUAGCUGAGGUAGAACAAGUCAAGAAAGAGAUUACUACAUAUGGGGUUUCUCCAGAAGAGAUCCAGGAUACUGUUAAUUCUGAGUUCCUGCCUCUGAUUGGGAAAUGCCAGAGCCAGACCGAGGAGCACCUUGCCACCAUGGAUAGAGCGUUUGAGUCUUUGGCCAAGAGAGCUGCUGUGCUAAGUAAGUCACUUUUCAAAUUCACACGUGGGGCAUCUCACCUGUGGGAGGUGCACAGUGCCGGGCUGCAGAGGAGGGAGCAGCAGCUGCAAGACCAGCUGGACGAGGUGCGCUACAGUCAGGAGCAUGAAAUCCAGAAGAAGGAGGCUCAUCUUGAUGUUAUGUUGGACAGACUGAGACAGGAGAGCACUGAAGAGGCACUCAAAAUCACACUGGAGAAGACUCUACAUUCCCUGGAUGAAAUAAAACUUGUAUACAUGCACUUCUACAAAGAAGAGGUGGAUACAGUGGAGAGUUAUCCUGCCAUGGUCUUGGAGGAGCUGCACUCUUACAGCUUUGCUGUCAGUCGAUUCUUCAACGUCAAGGAGCUAUAUACCGGUAGUCAGGACUCUGAGGAACUUUGCUCCCUUUAUCCUGUCAUAAAUCUUGAUUUAAGUGGGAGGGCCAGUGUGAAGAGGACAAGACAGACCACUGUACAGGGAAGGAAACGUUGUCCGGGAGGAUUCCAGAAAAGUCCAAAUCCAGCACAUUCAUCCUUUGAUGAAUUUGACACUGAGGAUGUCAUUGAUUCCCAUCGGGAGUUUCUUGACUCUCAGUCCAGUGAGACAUUCUGCACCUCUAAAGGCAAUGUGUACAACGGUCAGAGCUUUGUCUCUCAAUGGGACACGGAGCAGGAUUCCAUUCCAUCUGAGAUGGAGUUGGUUGUGUUCCCCAGAAGUCUUCUUGCGGAUCUACAAAAAGAUAUACGUCUGUUGUUUUUCAAUCACCUCGAAGAGAGAUAUCAGACUGCUCUGACCAACACUAUGAAUAUUGUGGCAGCCAAGAAGGAAGCACUGAAGUCAGAGCAGGACCUCCGACUGCACCUCCACCAACCACGGGCUAAGAGAAUCGAGGUGGACAUCCACAAUGUCCGUGCUGCGGAACUGGUACUGCACAGAGAUCGUGUGGAUAGGCACUGUAAAGGCAUCUUGCAGGCCCUUGGCAACUGCCGAACGGACUUCCACGAACUCCAGAUUCGACAGCACAAACUGACUGAGGACUUCAGAUCCCAGAUUUACAGCAUGGAGGAUGUCUUUACCUAUGCCACCAAGUCAGACGUGCUGGUUGGACUAUGUGGUACGCUGCAAUCCAAUUUGGAGAGCCACAUGAACAUCAUUCAGGCAUCACAGAGAAACUUCAGACAGACUCUGGAGUCCAAGCUGGAUGGCUUAAGAGAGACCAACGUCCAGUUAAUCAAAUCCUUUAAGCUGUUCUCAGAUGGAGGGAACUUCACACCCAAAGAGAUCGAGGCGCAUCACAAACGGAUUGAGAAAAUGGUUAAACGUAUCGACACCAACGAUGAGGCCAUAAUGCUGGAUAUGGAGGGGACAGAGUCCAAGUGUCUGGAGCUGGCGAAGGAUGUGAUAAACAGAUUUGAGGAGAAAUUCCACUUUUUGACAGUGGAUUUGAAGUUUCUGGAGAAAAUCCAAGGAAUGCUAACAAAUACACAGGUUCAGAUAAAAACAGAGGCAACAAAAAGCAACAUGCAAAAUAAGAAAAUCAACAGCCUCCUGACAGAGUUAAAAAGUAUGGUAGAUACUUGUGCCAGAAGCAGUCCAGAAAAGACAGUGACGACAGAUGAUGUUUUCACUUUUACGUGGUCUAUAAUAGAGGAUUUGAGGGCACGAUGCCAUUAUCUUGAAUGCUUUUUGAACCCUUCCAUGGCAGUACUGAUGCCUGAAUGCCCUCUCCAGGGGGCCUUCGGUGUAGCAGCACGCCCCAAGUCUCGCAAGUCAGCAAGCCCUGCCAUAGACGGUCUGCUCCAGCCCAGCCGCAUGGGGGUGUCCUUCAUGGAUGAUGUGGCCGUGGGGGUCAUCAGGGGACUGCUGAGGCUAAGCAAGCCUAAAGUCACCCAGGAAGCCAAUUCAGAGUCGACAGAGAGGGUCUCAGCAGCAGUCACAGUCAGGUUGUCGUCUCCUAUUGGGCAGAGGUCAGGGGAUUCUGCCGAAUCUGUCAGUGCACAAAGUGUGAAGAGGUUUUCUAAACCCACUCGCUUUGACAAGAGAUUCCAGGUGUUUGGUCCCAAACCAGAGACACAUGGCGUAACUGCCUUCAAAACUUUGAUAACCAGCAUUCUUUGGAAGACCAAUGAUAUUCUUCUCCUGGUUGCUGAGGAGUUCUAUAAGAAGAAGGAACGCCGGCCUGUCACAAGGCCUCAGUACCUCCAGGAGACGUUUGAACAAUGUGCUGAGGAGAUUAACAAAAGGCUGCUCGUCUACCAGAGCCAAACUCAGGACUACCACAACAACUGUCUGCAAGAAUUCCGACAGCAGCUGAAAGACAUUGAGGAGGGUCUUUCCAAGGUGCCAGGGGUGCUCAUCUCUAACCUGGGAGAACAACACCUGGGGAGCCUGAGCCAGGACACGGACAACAUCCGUCAACAGCUAGGCAUCACUCUGCAUGAGAGCGAGGGGAGAAAAAAAAAGCACAGUGGCAAGCUGAGUGUGCGUCUGAGCCAUCCUGCUUGUGAGAAAGAGCUGGAGGCCUUGAAUCGUGCUGAAGAGGAGAGACAAAGAGAGCUGACCAAUGCCAUCACGAACACUCUGCAAGAGCUACAAGCAUGUGUUAGGAAACAUGGGGAGGAGUUUGUGAGAGCACUCACCUCUCUGACAGAGAACCUGCUGUUCCAGAUGGACAACCUCCUGACCGUAGAUGAGGUCCAAGUUGGCCAAGCUGAAAUGAAGAGUGAAAAUGUCACCACUCUAAUUCGCCGAAAACAAGCUGGUAUUCCGCUAGAGGAGAAGCAAAGUGCACAUCUAAUACAGCGAGGCAGCAGAACGUGGCCAGGAAUCUCUUACUUUGGAUACAGUACUGAUGAUCCAGUGGAGCAACCAUGCAAGAAAACAGCCUCCAUCACCACUGCAAAGACCACCUUAGGCCACCUGAGAGCAGUGGAGGCCCGUGAAUCUAUGUACCAGUGCUAUGAGCAGCGGUACAGGGAGGAGCUGGCCCGGGCCGUGCAGGAGAGCCAGGUCCAGAGGACGGAGGUGCAGUGCUGGGAGGAACACUGGAGAGGCUUACUGAACACUCUGACCCAGCUCAACGCUGAGUGAGCACCUAGCAACCCCGUACCAGAGCUCACCGUUUUCUACAGCAGGACUAGACUAGAUUCAAAUGAGAUUUCCAGUGACAAAUAAAUUCAUGGUUUGCAUUUUUCUUUCUCUUUCUGCCACUAAGGGAUUGAACUGCUUCGGCAAAAUUGUGUAUGUGUGACUAAUAUUUUAUAAAACGUUAUAUUCAUCAUGAUUGGCUAUAAAACACAAUAUUCAAUACACAGAGCGUAGAUUUUUGUUAAUUCUGGCCGGGAUUUAAUCAGAUCGCAGAUUGUAGUCUAUGGCUUUUAAAGGCAAUGUUCGGUAAAUGCUGUAAAUGUCAGAUCAAUCUGAAGUUACCUUAAAAACUGCAUUUUCGACUGUCCAGUGCGCUGUGCUAUGGAUAGAAUCCCGGACUAACUCUUUACAAUGAAUGCAACUUUGUUGUUGUUAUACAUUAUUUUUUAUUUCAAGUGUUUGUGGUCUUCAUAAUUCUACAUGAAGAAAUGGUUAAAACGUCCAAUGUAGCCAUUUCUUAUGCCAUCAUCAAAUAAUUUCUGGGUAACAAUUUAAAGUACCUUGCUGAGAUUGUUUUCAAUUAAAAUGGUCAAAAAGAAAUAGAAAAUUAGAUGUUGUUGGCAGAGAGGUUUGGAACUCUUCUUAUUGGUCUAUUCCAGGGGUAUGUGCCAUACAGGAUUUUGAUCUAACUAGGCACCACACCAGACCAACUGAGCUAAUUGAUCAGUUCAGUGAUUGACUAAAUUCAACACACCUGAUCUUCCAGGUCAGUUAAAUAAAAAACAUGAAGUGCUUGCACACUCCAUACCAUGGUUACCUACCCCUGUUCUAUUAUCUAAUUUACCGCAUGGUGAUGUCACCAUGGAAGGCCAAAACAUCAGCGGUCUAAGGAACUGCAUCGCAGUGCUUGAGACGUCACUACAGAUCCGGGUUCGAUUCUUGGCCGCGACCGAGAGACCUGCGGCGCACAAUUGGCCCAGAGUUGUCCUGGUUAAAACACAGUCUCCAGUUGUACAGUGUUUCUUCCAACACAUUGGUGCGGCUGGCUUCUAUGUUAAGCGAGCAGUGUGUCAAGAAGCAGUGCACCAUGGCAGGUUUUCGGAGGACGCUACCAAUUGGAUAUCAUGAAAAAGGAGAACAAUAAGAAUCUGCAUAAAGUAAAUAUACGCAUUCCUACCAGUGGUAUGUUUCCACCAAACUGACUUGUUGCAGAUAAGUCAUUGCAUGAUGACAGUGCACACAAAAAUGCACUUUUUCUCUUAAGUUUUCACAUACCGAAUAAAAAUCUAAAGUUCAA